CGGCGAGCAUGGGGCCGGGGGCUUCCGGAGGCUGGCCCGUGGGUCAGGCCCAGCCUGCCUGAACCGUGCGUGGUGGUGGCGGGGAACGGCAGGACGACGAGAAGCCCCGGCGCCCCCCGCGACCCCAAGGGGGUCGGCCCGCAUGCCCCUUCCCACUGCGGAGCCACGGCGGGGGGCGAGGAGGAGGAGGAGGACGAGCCCGGCUCGGCCCUGGCGCCGGCUGGGCAGGGGGGCGGGGGGCGUUGGAGGUCCCGGGAGGAGCAGGCAGCCAUGGAGAGCCUGGCCGGCUACGUGUACAAGGCGGCCAGCGAGGGACGGGUGCUGACCUUGGCCGCCCUGCUCCUGAACCGCUCCGAGAGCGACAUCCGCUACUUGCUGGGCUACGUCACCCACCAGGGCGGGCAGCGAUCGACCCCGCUCAUCAUUGCCGCCCGGAACGGGCACACCAAAGUCGUGCGCCUGCUCUUGGAGCAUUACCGGGUGCAGACCCAGCAGACAGGCACCGUCCGCUUCGACGGUUACGUCAUCGAUGGUGCCACAGCGCUGUGGUGUGCUGCUGGGGCCGGGCACUUUGAGGUAGUGAAGCUCCUGGUCAGCCACGGGGCCAAUGUCAAUCACACGACUGUCACCAACUCUACUCCGCUACGCGCCGCGUGCUUUGAUGGCAGGCUUGACAUCGUGAAGUACCUGGUGGAGAACAACGCCAACAUCAGCAUCGCCAACAAGUAUGACAACACUUGCCUUAUGAUUGCUGCUUACAAGGGUCAUGUGGACGUGGUGCGCUAUCUUCUGGAGCAGCAUGCUGAUCCCAAUGCCAAAGCACACUGUGGCGCGACAGCAUUGCAUUUUGCGGCCGAGGCCGGCCACUUGGAAAUCGUCCGGGAGCUGGUGAGGUGGAAGUCUGCCAUGAUGGUGAACGGCCAUGGAAUGACGCCUUUAAAAGUUGCGGCCGAGAGCUGUAAAGCUGACGUGGUUGAACUGUUGCUGGCGCACGCUGACUGCGACCGCAAGAGCAGGAUAGAAGCGUUGGAACUUCUGGGUGCCUCAUUUGCCAACGACCGAGAAAAUUACGAUAUAAUGAAGACCUAUCAUUAUUUAUAUUUAGCCAUGCUAGAGCGGUACAAAGAUAGCGAGAAUCUGAUAGAAAAGGAAGUCCUGCCUCGGAUAGAUGCCUACGGCAACCGAGCAGAAUGCCGGACUCCUCGGGAACUUGAAUCCAUUCGGCAGGACCGAGACGCCCUGCACAUGGAGGGCCUCAUUGUCCGAGAGCGCAUUCUAGGUUCCGACAACAUCGACGUCUCGCACCCCAUUAUUUACCGCGGUGCUGUUUAUGCAGAUAACAUGCAAUUUGAACAGUGUAUCAAACUCUGGCUUCACGCCUUGCAUUUACGGCAGAAAGGCAAUAGGAAUACCCAUAAGGACCUCCUCCGAUUCGCUCAAGUCUUCUCUCAGAUGAUACACCUGAAUGAACCGGUGAAAGCCAAGGACAUUGAGAGCGUCUUGAGGUGUAGCGUCUCGGAGAUAGAGCAAGGGAUGGCCAGGGUCAAGAGCUCUCAGGAUGCUGAGCUCCAUACAGCCAUGGACAACUAUGAAUGCAAUAUCUUCACCUUCUUGUACUUGGUGUGCAUCUCCACCAAGACCCAGUGUAGGGAUGAGGAGCAGUCACGGAUCAACAAGCAGAUUUAUAACUUGAUCCACCUUGAUCCCAGGACACGAGAUGGGUCUAGCUUGCUGCACCACGCUGUCAACUCCAGUACGCCAGUAGAUGACUUCCAUACCAAUGAUGUCUGCAGCUUCCCCAAUGCACUGGUCACCAAACUCCUCUUGGACUGUGGUGCCGACGUUAACGUUGUGGACAGUGAAGGGAACACCCCACUGCACGUCAUAGUCCAGUACAACAGGCCCAUCAGUGACUUUUUGACCUUGCACUCUAUCAUCAUCAGCUUGGUUGAGGCCGGCGCUCAUACGGAUAUGACUAACAAACAGAAGAAGACUCCUCUUGACAAAAGCACCACUGGUGUGUCCGAAAUACUCCUGAAAACUCAAAUGAAGCUGAGUCUAAAGUGCCUGGCUGCUCGAGCUGUGCGUGUUUAUCACAUCAGCUAUCACAACCAGAUCCCCAAAACACUGGAAGAAUUUGUAGAAUUCCACUAGAGGCCUCACCUAGGUGGUGGAGCCCCUCUCCUCCAUGCAGGGUCAAACUCGAAGUCAAUAAAAAACCGGGCGGAGUUUCUGAAUUUCCUUUUCUUCUCCCUUCUCUCAGUAGCCAGUGCACACCACCCAACUCCUCAUGAACUGGCUGUCUUGCUUUGAUUUGUAAACUUCUCCUCUGGUGUCUGAAAUUCCAGUUGGCAGAAUGAAUGGGGUUCUGUUUCUCUCUGAAUGAAACGGUGUGUAUGUGUGGGAAAUCAAACUCUAAGUUAGAAUUGGUGUAAAAUAUUUUGAUACUAUGAUGCACACGGGUUUUACCAUUGACAGCUGAGAAUGCUUUAAGCAGCUACCUGCAAAGAGGUUUGCAUUUAACCGGUUGAGCCAGCAUGUUACCUAUGCAGCAGUUUGGAAAGUCGUCUUAAUGGGUGUAAGAGAGGAAGAGAGAAUUCAGAAGGUUCGUUAUUGCUGGGAUAUUACGAAAAACAUGCAAAGCAAUCCAGGGAAAUUUAUUCUUCACCAGCCUGUUUUAAUGCCUUUCACUUCUUACUGAAGUCAUCAGUAACAUUUUUUUAAAAUUUCUUCUUGCAAAGAAACAAAAACAACUCAUCAUUUUCCUUGCAAACAAAGGAAAAUACAGGUUAAAAUUCAGGUGUGAAUGGGAUCGCCAACACUACUUAAGUUAUUAGUAUCACUCUGGCUGAUAUUGCGAAGGAAAAAACAGGUGUGAUACCUCUCUAAAACAAUUCUCCUUUAUAAAUUAGUUGCAUGUAAAAAUACCUUGGAUAUUUGUGUGUGUGGAUUUCCCAGAUCAGGCAAAGCAGUUUUCACUAAUCAGGCACACCCCAGUUGUGUUGGACUACAACUCCCAUCAUCCCCAUGGGUGUUGCAGUCCAAUACAUCUGGAGGACACCAGGUUGGGGAAGGCUGAGGUGAAGCAAAGUGCUUAAGGCCAGAUCUUAAUCUCACACCUGAACUGUUAACCUGAAAUACAUUUUCCUGAUAAUUUCCAACUACCUGAUAAACAAGGAUGCUUUCAAUUAUGAGCUCAUAUUAUUUUAGAAAUGAAUUGUCUUAGCAGGGAAGGAUCAGGGAAGAAUAAUGAAUUGUGCUGGCAGCACCCUGCCCUGAGAAGAAGUAUCUGUUUUUCAAUCCAUUCAUGAUGGCAUUCUUCUUAUUCUUCAGGAAAAUAGAUUCCUCCUCACCAAAACAACCUAUACAAAGGCCAUUUUUUAAAAAAUCAUUAGCAGUAUCUUGAUUGUAUGAAAAAUAUUUGACUUGUGAAAAGUAUCUAUCCUUGACAGAAACUUCAGCAGCCAAAUGUCAUUUUUUUGGACGGGUUACUGAAAAUACUUGCCAUUAUUUUAAAUGCCAUUUUCUAACUGUCAGAUGGUGAAAGAAUGUUCUGCAAUCAUUUUUAAAAAAUGGAUAAAGAGCUCUAAUAAAAAGGGGCGUUCCAGGCACAGGUGUGUGUGUGUGUGUGUGUGUGUUUGUAUUACAAAUAAAACCUUGAAUGUGUAA